ACUAAGCUGAAAAAACCAUUUAAUCCCCUCCAAGUCUCCUACACACUCCUCAUCACCCACUUCUCUUUCUACUCUGUUUCCCCCCUUCCUUCUCCUCCUCUUCUUGAACCAGUCAUCAUCAAAUGGCUAGAAUUUUCACUCAAAUUCUCCUUCUAGUCACUACCAUAAUCAUGAAAUUUCCAUCAAAGGCAAUGUCUCAAGCAGAAUGCCCAUACCCAUGUCUCCCACCACCCACUUCAGUUCAGAAUUGCCCGCCGCCCCCGUCGCCAUCGCCACCGCAGCAGUCAACUCCGUCACCACCUUCUGGGUAUUACUAUCCACCACCACCUUCUGGGUAUUACUAUACACCACCUCCACCUUCUUCAGGAUCUGUGUAUUACUACCCUCCACCAACUAAUUAUCCUUAUUACUCUCCUCCUUCCUAUGUGAGCUACGGUUCACCUCCUCCUCCUGACCCAAUCUUGCCUUACUUUCCGUUUUACUUCAAAAGCCCCCCACCACCACCAAAUCUUUCAUCGGCACCAUCUCUUAAGGGAUACCCAAGAUUGGUUCUGCAACUAAUUUUGUUGGGUUUGUUUGCUUUUUUUAAUUUAUCAUAGCUUGGAUGUAUUUCAUUAUUUAUAUGAAGGAAGGGGAUUUGGAGAUUAGAAGCUACAGGAGAAAGGAAAGAAGAAAUUAAUGGCGGCGAUUGUAAUCCCAGUUCCCAAUGGAUUUCUUACUGUGUCUAUUUCUCUAUUGAUUAGAAAUUUGUAACCUUUUGCAUUCAUCAUUCAUCCACUUUAAUAGCUCUGUAUCAAAUUACCUGAAACUUAACUUCGCUUAA